AUGGCGCUGACAAACAUGCGCGCUUACACACUGAGUAGGUGGGGGUCCACGGGCGGAAUCUAUUGGAUGGUAAAACCGUCAAGAAAAUUUUCGACAGAAUUGAAGUUGCCCAUCCGCGUCAGAGUCGUGCCCACACCCGAACGCAGGUUGGGCGAUCAUAUUCACACCAACUUUCGUGAUCUCUACAAUCACCUUCGCGGCGAGGGUUACUACCUCGAGGUUCUGCAGCAACCGUUUACGUGCUUUGAUGCAGGCAACUAUGGCACUCUCAUGCUGGUUGACCCCGAGGAGGAAUUCUUUCCGGCAGAGAUCGCCAAGCUGCGUCGAGACAUCCUCCAACAGGGUCUCUCCCUGCUGGUGUUUGCCGGCUGGUACAACACUACAAUUCAGGACUUGCUCCGCUUCUACGACUCUCACACAAGGCGGCUGUGGUCACCGCCCACGGGGGGAACAAACGUUCCGGCCCUGAACGACCUCCUAGCGCCCCUGGGCAUUCAGUUUGGUGACACAGUUUUGUCCGGUGACUUCAGUCUGGGCAAUAAGUCAGGUGAGUGCCUAAUACCAGCUAUUGCCAUUUUCCAGUGGGACAUUUUAUCCACACUUUAUACACACACAUACUACCUACUUGUAUUAGCAAGUAGGAGUUUUAUGUAUUUUGAACGGCGAAUGCGAAGGUUCGCGUUCCAGUUGUUUGUACGAGUAGGAGGUAAGAUUGGUCGAGCAGCAGCAAAAAGGCGACAAUUUUCGGGGGUCCAAGCAUAUAAAUUGUAA